GGAAGCUCAGCCUCACGGCGCCAUGGACCAGCUUGGCCAGCCGCUCAGCCCCGUCCUCGAGGCGGCCUCCUCCUCUCGCUGGACCUUGGACGAGAGCAGCACGCCGCGUUCGCAGGCCACUCCUCGGGCAGACGCGCAGCCAUCGUCCGCCAACCAGCACGGCGCACUCCCGCGUGCUCGACGACUUGCUCUCCUUGAAGGAGCAGAGCGAGAGCCGGCGCGCCGGGCCGGUGGUGCAGCAGCCACUCGCGAUGUGGCGGCCCGCCCGCCCGCCCGAGAGCAACUGCUCGGCCGACGCGCGCGCCAUCCAGCGGGCGUGGCGGCGUCGCAAGCUCGCGCGCGAGCUCUACAGCUGCGAGAACGCCGGCGCGCUCCUCUCCUCUCUCACACUUGUCGAGGAGCGCGCCUCGACCCGGGCCGAGGCCGCGAGCCUGCCUCCCGUCGCCGAGGCGGAGGAGGGGGCUGGCAGCCCGGACGAGUGGCGCACGUCCGCGCCGACCAACCUCGCCUCGCCCGAGGGCCCGCCCAAGCCGGACAUCGCCCUCGCAAAGGCGGCCGUCCGCCGCCAGCUGCCGCAGCUACCAGACGGGCGCCUCUGGCCGCUGCACUCGGAGCUGGGCGCCUUCGACCGGUUCGGGACGGAUGUGUCGCAGUACAUGCACUUUGUGUACCACCUCGCGCGGACGUGCGCCUGGCUCUUCCUCCUCAACCUUUCCAACGUCAUCAUCAACUUUGAAGGCAACUCUGAGAUCGUCUCGCCGUUUACGAUCCACACGCUUGGAAACACAAACAACGCCGUGCUCGACCGCGGCGGCCACUCCUACGCGGUGAUGGAGAUCUGCAACGCCGCCAUCCUCCUCGCCUUCCUCUUCCAGGUCCGCUCCCAGCUCGAGGAGAUGAGCGACCGCAUUCGGCACGGCGGCCACGCGCUGACGGCGGCAGACUUCACCGUGAUGGUGAGCAACGUCCCGAGGCACUGGCGGUCGGAGCAGCUGCGCGCGCACUUUGAGAAGUUCGGCGCCGUGGUGCACGUCGGCGUCUCGCUCGACUACCGCGAGCUGACCCUCGCCAUGCAGGAGUCGCAGCGGCUUAAGGACAAGCACAUCGACGCCACCCUCCACCUCGUGGCGCUCAUCCGGGGCGGCGCUCCAAAGGGGUCCGUCGGCAAGGCGCGCGCCGCCGCCAAGCGGGCGCUCGACGCGCUCGAGGCGAAUCGCACGCGGACCGGCGCUCUGACAAAGAAGCGGUACCACUGCACCGGCUAUGCCUUCGUCACCUUCAACGAAGCCGCCGUCGCGAAGCGCGUGCUCGAGACGAUGCCGCAGGACCGCGCCUUCUCGCGCGUGUUUGGCGGCGGGCUCGUCGUGUCGCGCGCGCCCGAGCCGGAGGACAUCAUCUGGGAGAACCUCCAGACGAGCCCGCGCGAGCAGUUUGCGCGGCAGUCCCUCUCGGUGCUCGUGCUGACCGUGCUGCUCGUGCUCUCCGUGCUCCUCCUGACCAGCGUCAACCUCUUCAUGCAGGGCGCCAACCCCGUGAUGGAGGUGCUCGGUCUGGAGGAGAAGCUCGAGGACCCCACCUUGUUCGAGUUCGUGCUCGUGCAGGCGCUGCAGGGCCUGCUCACUCUGAUCGGCUACCUCUCCAUCUUCAUCUCGGUGCCCGUGAUGGCGUACUUCCUCGAGCGGCCGCACACGCGCGGCGCGCGGGAGGCGAGCGUGAUGCUGAAGCUGUCCUUCUUCCAGUGCGCCGUCAUCCUCGUCACUCUCUUCGUGCUCACCACCGUCGAGACCAACGAGAACGACGACCCCGACGGCUCCUUCAAGCGCGGCUGGUACCCGGUCGGCAUGACGGUGCUGCUUGGCGCCCUCCUCGGCGACAUCCUGUUCAUCCAGUUCGGGAUGGACCUCGUGCGCCCCUUCGACCUUGUCAAGAAGCAAUGCUUCGCCAAGCGCGCAAAGACGCAGGCGCGCAUGAACGAGCUCUACGCGUGCUCGGCCGACGGCAUGCUUGCCUUCCGGCUCCAGAUCCUGGUCAAGGUGCUCGUGCUCGGCCUCUUCUUCUCGUUCGCGAUGCCGAUGCUCUACCUCGUCAUCGCGAUCUACGGCUGGAUCGCGCAGUGGAUCGACCGCCUCCUCCUCCUCCGCCUGCUCCUCCCGCCGCCGCCCACACACGAGCAGCUGAUGGUGUACAUUGUGCGCGUCAUCCUGCCGCUCGCCGUCGUCGGCGAGCCUCCGCCUCCGCCUCCUCGCUCGCGGCCUCCGCGAGGCGACGCGAGACUGCCCGAGAGUAGGCCACUCCGUCUUCGCCCUCAUCUUCUUCCGCGAUCUCUGCGACGACGAGACGCUCGACCUCAACUUUUACGCGGUCCGGGCCCAGGUGGGGAGAGUCAGCGAGAUUCGGCGAGAUUCGGCGAGAUUCGGCGAGAUUCCGCGAGAUUCCGCGAGACUCCGCGAGAUUCGGCGAGACUCCGCGAGAUGACCGGAGGCACGCUCGACCUCAAGCCCUUGCGCGGUCGGCGCCCAGGCGAGCGAGAGAGGGGGCCUGGAGGCUGUUGGCUGCGUGCUUUUCCUUCCGAACCAGACCGCGGACGCGUCGCUGGCUGGCUCGGGCGACUUCAUCUACGGCUGCUCCGGCCUCAAGGCGUGCAACGACCGCACGUGGUCGUCUGCGCGCGUCGUCCUCCUCUUCACCGCCUGCUGCACCGCGCUGGUCGUGCUCUACUACCUCUACACCUCGCGGAGCAAGGCGCGCCAGGAGCGGUCGCGGAGGCGGUCCGACGGCGGCGGCGAGGGCCGGGCGAGCCUCGUGUCGGCGCGCCAGUUCAAGCGCAUGUACCGCCUCCUCGCGCAGAGGGACCUGCGCUCGCGGUCGGUGGACGAGCUCUCCAAGAGCGGCGCCCUGUCGGCUCGCGUGCGGCCAGAGACGAGCCUGUCCGCAAAGUCCCUCGUCGCUCUGCCGCGGGACGGGGAGCCGGCCUCGCCGGCGCCGCCGGCGCCGCCGGCGGGCAGCGAGGGGAGCGUGGGCAGCGGCGGCGCCGACGAGGCCGCGCGGCAGGUGUGCAUCUCGAUCGACAGCCCAAUCGACGAGGCGAAUGCGUCUCCGGGGCCUUCGAGGCCCGCCACGCCCGUUCUCCUGGCCCUGCCCACGACCUCCGAGUCCGCGCCGACCGAGCCGAGCGAGGGGGAGCGGCUCACCUCGGGCACGCAGCUCAGCUCACAGCUCCUCCUCGACGAGCAAACGCUCAUGUA